CGCAAUGCUCAGACGAUUCACAUCAGUGUCUGCCCAGUUACCAACGAAAGCCCAAGCCAUAGGUCGGGUCUCAAAUGCACAUUUGGCAAAGAGGACAUUAAGUACUUCAUCUUCUGAGAGCCUUCUGCAAAUUGGAAGCAAGCAUGUCACGAAAGGCCUCGGUCGCCUCACAGAGGCUAUUAUUACGAAGGGAGAAGGCUCUUAUGUUACUUUGCACGAUGGUAGAAAAAUGCUUGAUUUUACUUGCGGUAUUGGUGUGACGAGCUUGGGUCAUUGUCACCCGAAGAUUAGCAAAGCUGCAGCGGAACAGUGUAUGUCACUGACCCAUGGUCAAGUCAGCAUUGCCUAUCAUGCCCCUUACCUACAGCUCAUUGAGAAGCUACUGCCCGUCAUGCCCGAUCCUUCGCUCGAUUCCUUUUUCUUCUGGAACUCAGGUUCUGAGGCAGUUGAAGCCUCCGUCAAGAUGGCGAGACAAUUCACUGGAAGGCAAAACGUAAUCGUAAUGCAAGGUGGUUAUCAUGGUAGAACAUUCGGCGCUAUGGCAUUAACGAAGAGUAAAACUAUUUACUUCGACGGCUCAGAGCCUCUAAUGCCCGGUGCAUUUACUAUGCCUUUCCCCUACUGGCAUCAAUUUGGGGUUCCCGCAUCCACUAGCGAGGAAGAGCUUGUUGGCCGUUGUCUAUACCAGCUCGAACUACUCUUAUCCCAGCAAACGGCACCGAGCCGAACGGCUGCGAUUCUCCUUGAACCAGUACUUGGGGAAGGCGGAUAUGUUCCCGCACCUGCAUCUUUUCUCAAAGGCCUGCGCGAAGUUGCCGAUAAGCACGGUAUCAUGCUGAUUCUCGACGAAGUGCAAAGCGGCUUUGGCAGAACUGGGAAGUAUUUCGCAACCGAGUACAGCGGUGUGCGACCUGAUAUGUUGAUUAUCGCGAAGGGUAUUGCUAAUGGUUUCCCACUGAGCGGAGUAGUCACUCGCAAAGAGCUCACCGACAAGCUGAAGCCAGGGUCUAUGGGAGGAACAUAUGCUGGAAAUGCGGUCGCAUGUGCUGCGGGUGUUGCGUGUGCCGAGGUUAUGAAAGAAGAAAGCGUGUUGGAGAAUGCGCAGCAAAGAUCGAAGGAACUCGUUUCCUCUCUGAACGAACUGCGGGCAAAUUCUACGUUGGGGAAACACAUACUGGAUAUACGUGGAUUGGGCCUUAUGAUUGGCGUGGAAUUCGCAUCACCUUCCACGCUCCCAGGCGACAUCGGAUAUCGCGCGGACACGCCGAAGGACAUGGCAAGCCGUGUAGCAAAGAGAUGCAUCGAGAAGGGGAUGUACAUCCUGACGACAUCGAUAUAUCAGGUUGUUCGGUUCAUUCCACCGCUGAAUACAUCUCAGCAGGAUCUUGCGAAAGGAUGCCAGAUUUUCGCUGAGGCGGUUGAAGAGGUCGUGCGUGAAGGUUGAUCCCAACGGAAAUGCACUGAGAAAACAACCCAAACAUUUAGAAGUUGAAACACUAGAAACUAAGAAUGUAGCUCGGCAUGUAUGCAGAGAUUGGAAAUCUAAACAUAACAUUGGUUGGAGUGCUUGC